UAUAAACCAAAAUUUAUAAUUGUUAAAUUGAAAUUUGCUAUUAUAAUAUACCAUUAAAAUUAUAAUAUUUACAUUUAAAAUGUCUAAAGACAAAUUUGAUAUAAAUUAUUCUUGCGUUUGUGAUCACUCUUACAGCCAAAAACGUCAAGUACGCAGACAUGUUAACCUUUGUGAAUAUGCCCAAAACCCUACCAAAAAAAAUUUACAAAUUUCAAAAUGUGAAAUUUAUUCUGUAAAAGAUAAUUUAAACGCUAAUAAGGUUCAGUCAACAGAACGAUUCAAAUGUGGAUGUGAAAAGCGUUUUUUGUCUAAAGGUGGUUAUUAUAGACACAUAAAAACAUGUAAACUACGUCCUGCACAACAGGUUGUAACUGGCAAAACUAAAUGUAACGAACCUGGAUGCUUAUUAACGUUCAAGUACAUACGAGACUUUCGACAACAUUUAAAUGAGAAGCACCAAAUCAAAUUUGAUGUUGAGGACAAACGGUUUGAUAAUUAUGCUGACUUUUUAAAUUGGAAAGUAAAGUAUGAAUCAGAAACUCGCAGUUGCUUUUAUCAUCGUAAAAAUUUGUCACGCAGUGGACGUAGAGUAGAAUAUUGGUACUGCAACCGUUCAGGUAGUUACCAGAGUGCAUUACAAAGUCGUAGGCGAAAGUUAAAAUCUCAAGGAAUUCUUAAAAUAAAUAAUAAUUGUACAUCUUCAAUAACAUUAACUAUAAAUAAAAUUGAUGAUACUGUCCAAGCUGUUAUUUAUCAUACACAUUAUGGACAUGAAGCUGAUCUUGCACAUUUACGAAUUUCUAAAAGUGUUAAACUAGAAAUAGCUUCCAAAUUAUUACAAGGUGUGAAAAUUGAAGAUAUAUUGCAAUCAUAUAAAGAAGAUGGAUCAUCUAAACAAACAGAACGAAAACAUUUAAUAAAACGAAGAGAUAUAUUAAACAUUUCUAAAAAAUAUAAUAAUAUUAUAUUAUCAAAUGUGCAACCAUCGAAAAAGAAAAAUGAACUUGAUCAAGAAACAAUUAAACCUCUCCUUUUAGACUCUAAAUCAAAUACAAUUGAGAUUAACAAAAGACAUUUUAUUGCGUCACAACUUUCAUUAUCUCUUGUAAGUCAAAUUCAUGAAAAAGCUUGGAGGAUUUCAAUGGAAAAUAGUUUAGUUUUAACACCUUCAAAUAAUCAUAACCAAGAUAUUUAUGAUGUUACUAAAAAUGAUGUACUAUUAUGUUCUAGUGAUGAUUGUAAAACUUAUUGCAAUUAUUGUAACAUUUGUUACCAUGCCUACUCUUGUAAAUGCUCAGACUAUAUCUCAAAAAAAAUUAUUUGCGAACAUGUUCACUUAACUGUACUUUUUCAAGCAAAGUCACAGGCUAUUCAAUACAAAAAACAAAUAGAGAGAUCUUUUUAUGGGAAUGAAGACCAUACAAAAUAUACGCAACGUUACAUAGAAUCUUCUAAUCCACAACCUAUUAAAAAUGUUCAAUUAGGAAAUCAUUCAGAAAUAAAUAACAUAUUAUAUAAACAAAAUAUGAAAGCAGAAAACCUUAAAAGGGUAAAACUAAGACUGAAAAAAAUGAUGACAGACACAUUAGUAAAAAUUGAUGCAUGUAAUAAUAGUGAUCUAUUGGAAAAAUUGGAGAAACAAAUUACUAAUAUAACACAUAAUUUAGACACAGAUAUAUUAGAAAAUACUACUAAGAAAAGAAGUGAAGUACAAACAAUGUUACCAGAAAAAAAUAUUGAAGUUUAUUAUGUCUUUUGAACUGUUCUUAAAUUAUUUAUAAUUACUUAUUGCAUCAAUAAGACUUUUUCAUUAUGUAAAUACAAAAAAUUUAGUAUUAUCUUAAAUUUUAUAAAAUCACAAUG